CCCAGAGAAGCCCUUCGCUCCCCCAUCGGCCCGCCAUGAAACAGGUCCUUAUUGUCCUUACAGUCUUGCGACAAUGCAACCAGAGUAAGAGGCGGAUCACACGGGACAUCAAUCACCACCGUCUUACUUGAUUCUGCGAUGCCGCUCCUAAAUACCAGUGCCCUCCCCUUUCUGAGGUGAAGGAGCAUUCCCAUCGCCUGCACCCAGUUGUUGGUUGAUAACAACGAUGCAUAGCAGGGCUGUAGCACCCGAGCCGACGAGCUGAGAAGAUGCAGAAGGCAAUUUCGAUUCUCUCAAACCGGUGUUGUGCUCCCUGUCAACCAACUUCUACCCCAGUGUCGUUCCCCGCGCAGGAGGUCCAGACGUCCUAUCUAUCGUCCCAGACCGUGACAUUCCUUCUUACUCAGUCCCCCACCGGGGCUAAUUUUAUGACCGUCAUCGCUUCCGACGACGAACCCAGCAUGGGAGUAGUAUCAUCAACCACGAUUCUCUGUCACAUUCGGUGUACUUACCCACGGCAAAGCACCUUUUCUUCCAAACAUCUCAUAACAAAAUGACACAAGACUUGCGUCGACGAGCACACCUACUAUUGAUUUGACACCAAAUCUGCAGCUAAUGAAAUUAUUGAGCUCGUGGGUUUCGGCGUCCCUGUUGGAGAUACUGAGCUCACAUCUCAAUUCCGGGGAUGGGUGACCAGAAGCAGUCAUGAUUUUGGAGUUCUCAAGUUGGUGACAGAAAUCGCUUCCGCGUCUAUUCUCCAUCAACAGCACGUUCUCCACCACUCAUGGGAGCAAUACCUUGUCAGCCGCAAGAUUCACGGCGCGAGCGGGACUCUGCUCACUCUGGUUUCGGCCAGUUCCUUGCCCACGUUUUUCUGACACCAUUUCGGCCUUGCAUAGCAAAAUCUGACCUGGUGAGUGCAACGCGGUGUCAAAGUCGGAGACAUCUGCGUCCACCGGUAUGUGUGCCCGUUCGAAUGCCGCAUGAAGUGGGCUUGACUGCUCGCGCCAUGUGUCUCGACCCCCAGCAAGUCUCCAUCAAGGCCAAGUUUUUGGGAGGCAAAUAAAGAACUCAAGCUUUGAGCGAAAGCCAUGGGCAACGAACCAUUCGUGGAAAGGGUACCCGGAGGCGUUGAUUAGCGGUGGGGUAUCCCCGAUUGACAGUUGAACUUCCUGUUAUGCACUGGUUUGGGGAACCUGAGCAAUACCAUUCUCACCCGCCGGACAUGGGCCACCGGUGUUUUACUCCAAGCAUGAUUGAAUAGUCGACGAUAUGGAGCAUGAAGAAUUCUCUCAGCAGAGGCCACCGGGGUCCCGCCAGCUUGUUGGUAGGUCCAGAUUCCAUCUCUCGGUUAGCAAGUACGGAGAUGCCCUGUCCGUUACUCCAGAUCAGCCUCCGCCUUCCCUGAGCAGGCAUGGCAGAGACUAGCCUGCAUCGCAUAUAAAGCCCGUACUGUCCUUCAAGAAAAUCACCUCCAGCAAGAUAACCUCUCCUUCAGAAACGACAAUUUCGAACUUAAAUCAACGAGCAAUUCAAGAUGCCUAAGGGUGACUGGUACAUAUAUUGGAUUUGCGCAGUGGCGUCCCUUGCGAAUAUCUUCCAAGGUUUCGACUCUGGCAUCUACUCCAUCAUCAUCUCUGACAAGAAAUUCGGCGACUACCUCCAGCUCUCGAGUGCACGGGAAGGUGUUGUGGCCAGUAUGAUCAGCUUGGGCAAUGUCAUCGGCAACCUGUUCAUCGCUUGGUGGUUCAUCUGGUAUGUCGGACGCCGGUUUGCGUUCAUCUUCGGGACAAUCAUUCUUCUGGUUGGCGUUGCCCUGCAGGCCGGUGCCAGAGAUUUCGCAAUGAUUGUCGUGGGUAGAAUCGUCGCAGGAAUUGGCACUUCAAUUAUUGGCACCAACCUUGCUGCCUACCAGGCCGAAGUCUCAUCCCCUCAGAUCCGGGGCCGUGUCGUGUCUUUCGUCCAACUGUCAUACCAAGUCGGGGUUCUCGUGGCAUACUGCGUUGGACUGGGCACGGUUAAGAUUCCUGGCAAUAAUUCCUGGCGAGUGGCAACUGCUUUGCAAGUUGUUCCUGGCAUUGUGUUGAUCGUGGCUUCAUUUACCAUCCCCGAAUCACCUCGGUGGUUGAUCGAACGCCACCCUGAGAAGCCAGAACGCGCUCUGCUUGAACUCUCUCGGAUUCGAAGACUACCCGCAGAUCACGAAAACGUCAAACACGAGUAUGCCGAGCUGGUAGCCGCUCGCGACUAUCGGCUUGAAAACGAGAAUACUCAGACCUGGUCAUAUUUCCUGCGGUCUUUUCCCGUCUGGAAACGCAUCGCAUAUGGCAUGACAACCAUGGCUCUCGGUCAACUUUCCGGUGUCGGCGCCCUCAUGAUUUACGGCAUCCUCAUCUUCGAGGGCCUCGGAUUCUCCUCAGGCACAAUGUCGUUGCUGCUCAAUGUCGUCUCUGGCAUUUUAUGUCUAGCCGCCACUGGUAUCACAACGGGAGGAGUCGACAAGUGGGGCCGCAGAAUCACGUUGAUUGCUGGAUCUGCCACCAUGAUCAUGAGUUAUAUCAUCAUUGGCGCACUUUCGGACGCAUAUCCUACCGCAACGAACUUCAACCGUGGAGCCGCAAUUGCCUGCGUGGUCUUCAUCUACAUCAUCAUGAUGGCAUAUAGCGGUGCGAUGGGACCUGUCGCUUGGAUCUAUGCUAGCGAGAUUUUUCCAACUCACCUCAGGGACAAGGGCGUGAACAUCAGCCAGGCCGGUCAGCAGAUUACGACUCUUUGGAUCAACCAAGCAUGGCCAGUGAUGUUUGGAAACGUUGGUCACAACGCUUAUUGGAUAUUGGUUGGCAUAAAUCUCAUUGGCUUAAUCCUUGUAUUGUUCCUUUGGCCGGAAACAAAAGGUAUCAGUCUUGAACACAUGGAUCGUCUGUUCGGAGAAGUCGAUAAAGUGGAUGCACAGGUGCGGGCACGGGGACUUUCCACGGUGGAAGACGUGCUCGAAGGCGACGAAGAGAAAGCUACCGCGGUGGUCCGUGAAAGUGUUGAUGGAAGGGCAUGACCGGACUGUCAUCUCAGCAAAAGCUUCAAAGGGCAGGCCGUAAGCACGGUGAUCUAGGGGACUUCUAGCACGAGGCCGCCAUCAGAAUGAUAUGCAGUGGUGCAAGCGCUACUUCUCAAUUGACUGAUAUUUUCCUCCCG